CUCUGGUCAUCUCCUGUACUAUGUCCGCAGCCUCUGGUCAUCUCCUGUACUAUGUCCGCAGCCUGUGGUCAUUUCCUGUAGUAUGUCCGCAGCCUCUGGUCAUCUCCUGUAGUAUGUCCGCAGCCUCUGGUCAUCUCCUGUAGUAUGUCCGCAGCCUCUGGUCAUCCCUGUAGUAUGCCCGCAGCCUCUGGUCAUCUCCUGUAUAUGUCUGCAGUCUCUGGUCAUCUCCUGUACUGUGUCCACAGUCUCUGGUCAUCUCCUGUACUGUGGCCGCAGUCUCUGGUCAUCUCCUGUACUGUGUCCGCACUAUCUGGUCAUUUCCUGUACUAUGUCUGCAGUCCAUUGGUUCAGAAUUUUUUUUUCUUUAUUUCCUCCUCU